AUGGCGCCAAUCCCUUCCACAGCAACAGCUGAGCUCCAGAGCUCUACAGGCCAGGUUGGCAUCAUCAGUACGGCGUCGGAGCCAAUGCAUUCUGAUGAGAGCAUCAGUGCAUCGCUGAUACACGAGCUUCCGCUCUGCUUCGUGCCUUGGGCGCUGCUCCCAGGGUCCCAGGAGAUGCUGCACGUGUAUGAGCCACACCAUGUACAUUUAUUUGAGACGAUACUCGCUCAGCCACGACCGUGGAAGUACGGCCAUAUUCUCGCAUCGCCGGGCCGCCGCCAGCACUUGAUUGGGGUUGUUGCGGAAGUACAGGAGGUCGAGCGGUUCAGCGACGGGCGUAUGCUUCUCUUGGUCGCUGCGACCGCCAAGAUCCGCGUCCUCCGCCCCAGCCAAAAGGUGCCGUUCGUUCUGGCGACAGUCGAGAAGGAACACGACGAGGAGGAGAGCUUGGUGGGGGCGCUUUACCCGGGGUCAGAAACCGGGUUAGGAAAACCGUCCGCUAACAAAAACGGGGUUAGGAGCAGCGGGCCAGAGUGGGAUCCGGAGGUGGCCGCCGCGGCGGUGAUGACGCACGAGCUGCGGAGGAGGGAGAAGGAGCUGUGGGACUGCUACGAUCAGGUCCGCCUGCUCACGGCCAAGCUCCGCAUGGACGCCCGGGGGAUCCCCCCACCCUCAACCCUGCUCGACGCCCGGGAGAUCCCCCCUCCCUCCGCCCCGCUCGACGCCCGAGGGGAACCCCCGUCCUCAGCCCUGCUCGACGCCCGGGGGAUCCCCCUGCCCGCAGCCAUGCUCGCCGUCCUGCCCCCGGGGCGUUCCACAAUCCCCAAUAACGGGGGAUCCCCCCGGCCGCGGUCGGUGGAACAAGCCUGGGAAGACCCGGCCGAAGUGGUGGGCCGGGUGCAGCGGCUCUCGUACGCGGUCGGCGCGGCGCUCCCGGACGUCCGGCGCGCUGAGGGACGGCAGGCGUUCCUGCAGGCGAGCAGCAUACGGGAGCGAAUGGAUCUGGCUGCAGAUUUGAUGACGCAGCGUUGCAGGGAACUGGCUGCUCGUGUUGCAGUGAAACAGGCGCUCACCGACACUUCUACCAAUUUAGGAGGUUAAGUAACCGCGGUGACGUGCCGAUUGUAAGAAAGUAGUGACGUAGGCAGAUUUGUGUACAUAUACCGGGAGCCCAGCUUUUUUUCGGCAGAGGCGCUGUCGAUUUGUAAAUGCUAGCCGUCAUUACACAUAGGGACUCGACAACCGUCCCUGGUUCAUACGUUGCUCCAUGCAACUCAAGACUGCUAGCCUUUGUAACAGUGAAGAAACUUUCAUGACAGGUAUGUCGUUGACAAUUAGGAAGUGUUGGCAAACCAUCAAAUAGAAUACCUCAAAUCGAUGUUUCGAGAGUUGCAGAGCAGUAAGUUUUCUACCCUGUCGACCCUGUCUUAUCAAUCUGGAGACGCUAAGUUUCCUACCCUGUCGACCUUGUCUUAUCAAUCUGGAGACGCUAUGUACCAUAUCAACAACUUCGUUCAAUCGAGCACA